AUGGGGAAAUUAGCCCUCAGUCAAGUUGAUAAAGUCGAAGAAAUGAUGGACCCUGUGUGCCAUGUGGGAGCUUCGACAAACCCAUCGCAAUUCGAAGUUCCCGAAGACAUGCAACACCUUGGAAUCGGAGGCAUCGGGAUCGGGGAUGGUCACCACAAUAGCUUUGUGAACACUCUAAUAUAUUCUCAGGAGUCCGAUGGACUCAUCAUGGGUAGCGACGAACUGGCCACGGAAAUCGUUGGGGAGAUCAUGCCGGUUCCGGAAACCGUUGCUCAACACCAAGAGGUGAUACACAUGGACCUCGCGAGAGACGAGAUCAUAAUCAACGGGAAAGACAUGCGCGACCGAUCGCCUUCUCGGGACAGCUUGAAGGAUGGCAUCGUACUCGAGGUUCCAGACAUCAAGCAGGAGUUGGCUGGCUUAUCCGACGAAGAUCACGAAGAGAUAGUCGAGAACUCGACGCAAUUCUUCCUCGACGAAAGUUCGGAAGUACCGGUGGACAACGUCGAGGAAAUAACUUCGGAUCUGAUACAGCUUCCCUCCAAAUCGGAACCACAGGAAGAGGGCCAGAUAACUUCAGGAUACUCGUGCUUGGAAUGCGGGGCAGUGCUAAGGUCAAGGGCUAUUGCGAAGGAGCACCUGACAACAGUACACAACUAUCAAUGCAAGUCGAAAAAGAAAUCGCGACACCAUCGUCACGGCUCGGUCUCCUCUACUUCGGUGCUCGCUCAAGAUGCGUUGACGCUGAACUCCACCGACGCCAAUGGUGUCCAGACAUACCGAUGCCCCUCGUGUAGUUACUCGACGCAUCGGCGUGAUAAACUCGACAAACAUGCGAUGAAACACGUUCUUCAGGAUGGUUUUCAUCCGUGCGGGAAGAAACGUCACCGACCGGAGGCUCCGCCGCAGCGACACCGCCACAAUGCCGAAGAAUACCACUGCCCCUAUUGUCCAUAUGGCUGCACUGUAUAUAAAGCUUUGAUAAAGCAUGAGAAAAUGCACCUCCAGGGCAAAGAAACGCCAUUAAAGAUUUCGUGUAAAGUGUGCGGAAAGGAUCGCUCGUCCGAAGAUGAUAUGAACAAACACAUGAGGAAGCAUCGACAAGGUGAAAAUUUCGGCUGCGACAUUUGCGACUUUACAUCGAUCCAGUUGAAGAAAGUCAUUCAACAUCGCCGAAUGCAUACGGGAGAGAAACCACAUUUGUGUCCCCACUGCAGCUACAGAUCAGCGCGAAGAGACAACCUCAGGUCUCAUGUCCGCCGCAUGCACAAAAAAGACAACAUGUACAUUGACACUUUCAAUCCCACGGGAGGAUCCAGUGGGCAAGGCUCCCAACAAAAUGAACAGGCGGGGCUCGAAGAACAUACAGAACUGGCCGCAUCCUACUAGGAGAAUGGAUGGGAGAGAAGUUUCCUUUACUGUGAUUUAUGUAACUACGUUCACGUCACUGAUAUCCCCGUUCACAAGGCGAAGAUACCGGGAAGAUUGCAACUUGCUUACCAUUAUGAAUCAUCUGCAUGGAUACGUCACAAAUGACCAACAUCAGGACAUUUGCGCGAAUCAUACGAAGACAAAAUUUGCCGAGCAUUGAUCUCUUGAGUUCCUUUCAAUGCAACUAUCCCCUUGUUCCCCUCUUGUCUUCUCGCAAGACAUACAUCUCGCAACUACGGCACUUCACGACUCACGAUGAAGGUUGAAAGUUGAUAGUAAAGUAGUAGCGA